GCGCUCUGGCGCUCGGACGCCGUGGACCCAGGAGGGGUGGGGAGAGCGGAGGCGGGAAGCUCAACUUAUGGCCAAGAGCAGCCGGGUUCUGCGCUGUCGGGUCAUCGCCCUGCCCCUGCUGUGGCUCCAGCUCCUCCCGCUGCUGCCCCUCUGCGCUUUGCGAGAAGUGACAUGUCCUACUCCCAAAUCUGUUGAAAAUGCAGAUAUUAAGGUUAAGAGUCACAGCAUAGAAUCCAGGGAGCGGUAUGUUUGUAAUUCAGGCUUCAAACGUCAAGCUGGGACAUCCAACCUUAUUCAGUGUAUACUUGACCACAAGUCAAAUACAGCCCGCUGGACAGAGACCAAUCUAAAAUGCAUCAGAGAUCCCUCCCUGGUUCACCUACAGACAUCUUCCUCAACUAUGUCAACAAGGAAACUUCCCACCCCUAUUGCAAAAGGCUUCACUGUAGAACCAGAGGCUUCCAAGUCAAGCACCACAGUGACAACAGAGACAAUCAUGAUGUCAACUUCUGUCUCCCUCCCAUCAUCCAUACACACAGAAUCUCCAGCAUUAGCAGGUACGGUCUCGAAACCAGUCUCCAAGGAGAUAUCGUCAGAACCACCUUCUGCAACAGUCAUAAUAACAACUCGAAACUGGUCCUUCACAAUCCUGGCUCAAACAACAGCACAGACCAUGGAACAAUCCUCCCCUACUACCUAUGGGAUAAAACCAGACAAACAAUAUUAUGUUAUCCCUUAUGUUUCUGUGACUAUCGCCAUUAUCCUGAUAUUAAUUGCGCCAUAUUUUAUUUAUUGGUUGUACACUAGAAGAAGGGAUCCAGUCCCAGAAGUCUCUGUUGGGAUAGAAGAGAUACCAAUGACAGGGGGAACUGAUAGAGAAGAAGAUGUAGAUAGCUAACUACAGAACGUACAUAGCAAAAAUGGAAAAAACAAAUUCCUUUUGUCUAUCACUCCUAUGUAGCAAGGUGUGAUUAAAGAAGCCACAUUUGACUUAGAAAAAAAGAGCUAUCUUUAGCUUAUACAAACAGAGAGAAACAAACCAGAAGAAAAAAUGUGAGCAUUGCAUCUGAGGAGAAAUACAUGGUUCUUAAUUUUAAGUUCUUUAUGCAUCUACUGAAUACCCCAACAUCAGGAUAGAAUUUGACCAGAAAAGAU